AAGAAAAUAUACCAAAACCUUUCAUAAAACGCGCCAUUUUAACUACUCCAAACUCAUUAUUCUCAUAAUUAACCAACUCGAUUUAAACCUUUUUAUUUUAAAAGCACAUAUCCUUAAAAGAAAGUAUAAAUAUCGUCAAUCCAACUGUCAACAAAUCAUUUUCACGCCAAAAUCCGACCUUUCGACAUGAAAAUUCUGCUCGUCUCACUUUUGCUAGCAAUCGCGCUUGGCAGCGUAGAGCCACGCAUACUCGAUAAAUGUUCACUGACACGCGAACUGGCCGGUUUGGGUAUACCACGUGCCAAUAUACCCAAUUGGGUGUGCAUCGCACAAUACGAAAGUAAUUAUAACACCGCCGAGUUGGGACCACCAAAUCCGGAUGGUUCGCGCGAUUGGGGUAUAUUCCAUAUAAACGAUCGUUAUUGGUGUAAUCCUGGUGACGGCCGACCCAGUGCAAAUACUUGUCAAGUGUCCUGUCAAUCGCUCUAUACGGACGAUAUAGCGGCAGCUGUGACGUGUGCACGAACAAUUAUACGUACGCAGGGUUUCGCGGCUUGGAAUACGUGGAAUAAUAAUUGUGGCAGAGGGGCGAAUGUACCGAGCAUCGAUGACUGUUAUUGAGGUGGUAUGAGUGGUUUGUGUGGAAAAUAAAUUCAUGAUUAAACGA